AUUCUGCAGACCGAAUGGAAUGCUUAUAUAACUGAAGGACUGCAGCGCUUGUUGUCUCAAAGCGGGGUCUCUUGAAGAUUCGCAUAAACCGAAUAGUAAGACCACCGACACGAUGUCGGUCUGUUUCUGCAGGUUGAAAACGCUUGGUUUACAAACGGUAGAAAAUAUCGAUGGGUAGAAUUACUGAUUUGCUCCAUGGUAUGGUAAUUUAGACAAUAUAGGACAAUCCAUUAUUUAUUUAUUUUAAAUACCUUUUCAAGUCUACACUACAACGCAGGUUUUGAUGAACAUUUUGAGAAGACACGAGUUUAUUUUUUUAUCUUUUUUCUCCGAGCAGUACUGCGCAAAGUAAAACUUUUUGUCUUAAUGUGACCCAUCAUCAGAGCUGAUUAUUGUUCUAUUAAAUGUCGUGUGAUUUGCGCAAUAUGGCAGGGAAUGUUUCUGCCCCCAUUAUUGCCCCUAUAAUGAGUAUUUCCCACCCCCGUGCGGUGUGGGGACUCCUCCUCUUCUGUCGUCAUCUGGCCUUCCCUUCAUCUAUGGAGGAAGAGGACAGGAAAGAAAAAGCCGAUCACAUCAAGCUGCUGUUUUGCGGGGGGGGGGACUGUAUUGUCCCAGUUCCUCAGUCAGAAAUGAAAGCUUUGUUAUCUUUUUACCAGGCAGUUAACGACUUGUGCAGCCGGCAAGUCGGGCGAGGGACUCGGUUCCUACAGCUCGGACCCCGCGGGUCUCCGUCUGACAGCGAGAUCUCUCCUAGCUUCGGUCUGCUGUUUGACAUCGAUGGUGUGCUCGUCCGGGGGAAGACGCCAAUUCCGGCUGCCAAGAGAGCUUUUCAAAAGCUGAUCAACUUGCAGGGCCAGUUUGUGGCUCCUAUUGUUUUUGUCACAAAUGCAGGGAACUGCCUUCGGCAGACGAAAGCAGAUCAGCUGUCGCAUCUCCUGGGGGUGCGGAUCACCCAGGAUCAGGUCCUGAUGUCACACAGUCCUCUGCGAAUGUUCAGGAAGUACCAUGAGAAGUGUGUUUUGGUGUCUGGGCAAGGCCCAGUUCUGGACAUUGCCAAGAACUUGGGUUUCCAGAAGGUGGUCAGCAUUGACAUGCUGAGGGAGGCCUUUCCACUCCUCGACAUGGUCGAUCACAGCCGACGACCGAAACUUCCAGUGAGUUCAGAGAUCAAAUCCAGCUGCCGAGCUGCUUCAUCCUCCAUUGUAAAUCUACCUAAUAUUGAAGCUGUCAUCCUCUUUGGGGAGCCCAUUCGAUGGGAGACAAACCUGCAGCUGAUCAUCGAUGUCCUGCUGACUAAUGGAAACCUAAGCAGUCCGCAUCAGACCUUGAAGGUCCCUCACAUUCCUCUGCUGGCCUGCAACAUGGACCUCAUAUGGAUGGCAGAAGCCCAAUCACCACGAUUUGGCCAUGGAACUUUCCUGGUCUGUCUAGAGAACAUCUAUAAAAAGAUAACUGGAAAAGACUUGAAAUAUGAGGCCUUAAUGGGCAAGCCUGGUGAGCUGACCUACCAUUAUGCUGAGCACCUAAUCAGGGAGCAGGCAGCCAGGAGAGACUGGAAAAGACCUGUCCAUUCCCUUUAUGCUGUCGGAGACAACCUCAUGACUGACAUCUAUGGUGCUAACAUGUACAACCGCUACCUGGAAGAGCGGACUGCUCACAAGCGUUCACAAGCGGUGGCCAAGGUGUGGGGUGGCAUUGGGUCCUCUACCGCACUGCCCCAUGAAGACAAUGUGGAUGGUGCCUGGGAGAACAUGCUGGCUGCCCCCUCUGCCACCUCCUGUAAGUCCAUCCUGGUCUGCACUGGUGUCUACAACCCACACAUGGAGGUACCUCCCAGUGCCGGUCACAGCAUCAGGGAGACUGUGUUCCAUGGCCACCGUGACCUCUGCUUCGACCCAUCACUGGUUGAACCCAACUAUGUGGUGCAGGAUGUAGAUGCUGCUGUAGAACUUAUAUUUGAAAAGGAAAAGUUUAAGAUUCAGUAAGAUGCAUGGGUCAAGGGUCUGCCUUUAGUAGGGACGCUGUCCAAUCAGAAGUGUCAUCAUGUGACCCCCCAACCUCCAAAAGAGAGUUUAAUAAUUUCCCCUUUGGAAGGCCAAGAGGAUGAUUCACACUGUAUUGUACCUGAAUUCUCUUACACAAAACUACUUGCUUCCCAUCUGUAGUGUUAAAUUAAGGGCGAUGGGAGAAAUUGAAACCAUAUUAGUGGGCAAAGUUACUACUACAUUUUGUGAAGCGUGAGAAGGUUUUAGUUCUAUAUGUUAUUAUUCAUAUAAAUUUGAACAUGUUGCAUUAGCUUCUCAGAGCCUAUAAUAUGGUAGCCGUCUCGGAAUUAUGGGUAUUUUAAAUGUGAUUUUAAAAAUGAAUAUUCAUUCUCUGGGGAAUCUUCAUAGUUUGUAGUCUUUUGCAAUACAAAGGACAAUGAAAAUAUAACAAUUUAAACCAGUCUGUUAAUGUAGAAAUGUUUCAUUUUUUAUUCCUAAUGCUGGUACUGAGAAAUUUUACAUUUGUAAAGCAUCCAAACAUUUCUUCUCAUUACUUAACUCCUUAACAAACCAAGCUGCUUCUGUCUUUAUUCUCUGCCAUGUGACACUGUCUGACUGCAUGUGGCUAUCUUCCAUUAAAAGACUGCAAAGACCUCUCCACUAUAAAGCUCAUUGUGGUCUUGUGCUACUGUGUACCAAUAUGUAUCUGAUCUAUAGCUCUCCAAUGGGUUGAGCUCAAAGUAUCAUAAACUGUGGACAACAACUGGAGUAACUGAUCUCAGGAAACUGUAAGUGCCACCUUCAUCCUAAAGAUACUGGUGUUUUCCAGGCAUGGAAAUCAAAGGAUUUGUUAGUGUUAUUCAUCCUUGUUUGGAAAUACGAGUCCUUCCUCUUUUGAAGGGAAGCAGUUUUUAGUUAAACAAGCUGUUAUGUGCAAAAUGUAUAAAGACUGCUGUUUGUAUUCUUGGUACAUAAACAGAACUGCUGUUGUUUACAUAAUUAUAAGCUUCCUGCUAUAUUAAUGCUGUUAUUUUGCAAGUCCUAGAACUUUUAAAUGACAUGUUGAGGGGAAAAUGUCUAUUUUGUUGAUUUAUAUUAAAUUGCAGUAUUUUCGCAGUUUGGUUAA